GAUUUUCUCGGCCUACAUUAAAGAGGUGGAAGAGCGGCCAGCCCCUACUCCUUGGGGAUCUAAGAUGACGUUCGGGGAGCUCAUGUUUGAGUCGAAGGGUAGUAACAGCUGGAUCCACAGCAUCUGCUUUUCGGAGAGUGGCAACCGCUUGGCCUGGGUGGGCCACGACAGCACCAUCUGCCUGGCAGAUGCCAGCAAGAAAAUGGCUGUCGCCUGCCUUUCUAUGGAGACUCUGCCCCUCCUGGCUGUGACCUUCAUCACCGAGAACAACCUUGUGGCUGCAGGACAUGACUGUUACCCAAUGUUGUUCAUGUACAAUGAACAGCAGGGCGCUUUGACUUUUGGAGGGAAAAUGGACAUCCCUAAGCAGAGCUCCCAGCGGGGACUGACAGCUCGGGAGCGUUUCCAGAACCUGGAUAAGAAGGCCAGCUCUGACACCAACAAGGCUUCUCUGGACACAGUCCACAAGAACAGCAUCAGCCAAAUCUCUGUGGUUGCCGGGAACAAAGGCAACUGCUCCAGAUUCUGUACCACCGGAAUGGAUGGCGGCAUGAGCAUAUGGGAUGUGAAGAGCUUGGAGGCUGCAAUGAAAAGCCUCCACGUCAAAUAAACCGGCAUAAAAUCUGCCGCGCAGAAAACAGGGAUUUCCCGCCUGCCGAGGAAAUCAAUCAAGGCUUAAUCGAUUCCUGCUUUCCAGAACCUUAAAAAACGACAAUCCCAGAUGGCUACAAGCUCAGCUUUUUUUUCAUUUUUGGAGGCCUCCUGGGCGGGAACCCAGGAGGGGGUUUAAAAAUAAAAUGAAAUAAAUGCAAUUUAAAAGAGUCUAAAAA